UCUUGUGAGGUAGUGGAGGGGGUAGAAGCCGGGUUGUUAGCACAGCAUACAAGAUGGAGGGGAGUGUUGAAAACCACGAGUUAGAGGCGAGGCGGGAAGGAGAGAGCAGCCCCGCCACACCCGCCACACCCCGAGAGGGAGACAGGGAGAGCAGUGUUGUCUGUGAAGGCCUCGUGAAGCCCCACUUCUCCCCCAGUGACUCUGUGCUGACCGACAGCGGAGUGUCGGAGAUGACCAACACAGAAUCAGAUUAUUCAGACUCCCUGGAGCAGGACGACGAGGACGCCAAGUCUUCUCCGGACGGUGUUCAGCCCCCGUCCAGUCCAUCCUCGAGGACAAAGAGUAAAGUGAUUGACUCAGAGGACUCUGGCGACGGCUCGUGGUUUGACGAUCAAGACACAAGCGACUUUUUCAUCGACGUAAAUCUGUCACACGACAACGGAAUCGUCGAGUUUGAUCCCAACGGUGAAGACUUCACGAACUGGGAUGACGUCAAGUCCUUCUUCGAGGGUCUGAUCGAAAGGCAGAACACCGAGCUGGACAGGAUCACAAACUUUGAGUACAAGCCUAAGGUCCAGGACUCGUACACCCCCUGCCGCAGCCUGUCCUUCGACGAGGCUGAGAAGAAAGAAAAGUAUGGCUUCAGCCUCUUCGAGGACGACUGCCUGCUGGACACCGAGAACCUGGUCGGCCCUUUCCCCGGCAGCCAGCGGCAUGCUGGGCACGGCGCGGCGCCCCUCCCGCCAUCCAAGGCGAUCAAGUACAAGUAUGAGAUGCGCGAUGAGUCGUGGGGUUAUUCUAGUCACGAGCCGUACUUUGACGUGCUGACCGGCCGGCGCAUUCUGUCCACCAUAUACGAGUUCGAGGUGUCGUCAGACGAAGACACAGAUUCGGUGAAGGUGACAGACGACAGCUGGCACGAGGCGACCAGCAAGAGGCUUGACGAGGCGAACAGCAUAAUUGAGGAGGAGGAGGAGGAGGAGGAGGAAGAAAAAGAAGAAGAAGAAGAAGAAGAAGAAGAAGAAGAAGAGGAGGAAGAGGAGGAUGCUGCGGAUGGAAUAAUUUGUGGAGAGGAAGCGAAACAAAAUGAGGAGGUGCCGAUGCAGCGCGUCGAUGCGGGCGGAGGCGACAGUUGUGGUGCAGCCGAGGCGUCGAGCGGUGACAGCGCAUCACACGACGACUUAAUAUUGCUGUCAGAGCACGUCAGCGCCUCAGCCCCGCCAGCACGAGGGGAGGGGCGCGAGGAGGCCAGUGAGGGUGUUGAGGCGAAGAAAACUGUAGAUAAUCCAAUGGACGGAAGCGAAACAGAAAAACAAGAGCCACACGUGAUGACGGACAAACGCGAGGCGCCCGCUGCCCCGGCGCCAGAGUCUGCCCGUCGAUCUAUGGAUGAAGGAACAGAAAGUGGAGAUCAGGAGUUCGAUAAUCUAGUCAAUCUGGAAGCUACGACGGAAACUUCUCCAAAACAAGCCGUGGGCAGCCGAGGCCCCGCCAUAACGGUACACACAGGCGGCGGCCUUGAGGGUUUAGGCCCCGCCAGCGAUGCGGAGGAAGGGAACUGUUUAGGAGAAGACGAGGAGAAAACAGAUAGUGGCGACAGAGAGAGAGGGACAGAUGGAAGUGAUAAAGAGAGAUGGACAGAUGCUGGUGACAUGAGCGGCCCACCAGCUGAGGUGACCCACGAGGUGCCUUCCCAUAGUCUCGCAUCAGCUGACUCGCCUUCACCGCCGCGAGAGUCAAGGCUUCGUGAUGACCUACCCGACCUGCGCCUCGAGGCCAGACCCCACUCACCCCCAUCGGCAGGUCCGGAGGGGGCGGCGGGACACACGACACCGCAGUCUCCGGGAAGCACCGUCGCAGGUGAAGGUGUGCGUCACGAGGUGUCGUCAAGAGAGGCCAGCGGGGAAGGGAAAGGAUACGUGAUCUCCCAACCCAACGAGGCCGCGAAGGACAUUAGCAGUCCGGCUGAGGCUGACAGAGACACCAGCCUCUGUUUAGUCAGCCCCGCGCCCCUCCGCCCCGCUGACGCCCCUGCCAACCACUCCUCGGGCAUGCAGAAGGAAGCGGAGUCGCGAACGGAGAAUAAUAAAAGUGGCGAUGAAGCAACGCUCGCCCGGGAACCUUUCACUCGCCCCUCCGCUCCUGACGCCGGGAGGGACCUGAAGGGGGAGAAGGCGCACCUUGCAGCCACCGACGCCCUCAUCCGAGAGUCCCCUGAGGAUCCCAACACCUGUGAGCCUCCCUCGACUGUCCCAAGCGGCGAGGAAAACAUUACAGAACCUCAGAAACACGCCGAAGAAGCACAUGACGUAAAAGGCGAUGAUCAGGAACGUACCAAAGUAUUAUGCGGUGACGAAGACGCUGACGUCACUUCCUUACCCGUGACAAGCACCCCCGAGCCGCCCCUGAGGCCCCACAGGCGGACACAUCACCUCAUCACCUCGCCACAGAUUGCCAAAGAAGCUGGUGGUGAGAGCGUCCCUGUGGCUUCUGUGGUUGAUAGCAGCGCCUCUGUUGAUUCUUCGGUAACUUCAUUGGGCACCCCGACGAUCCCUGAGGCCGGGAGUCACGAAGGGCAUGCAGGGUGGGACGCCUCCGGAAGUCCUCAAGGCCACCCAGACACGCAUACCCCAGAAGGUGACUGGAAGGAGCGGGUGCUGGAGGAGGAGAGGGAAGGGAAGCUGCCUGAGGACUCCGCUUCCCCGCCCAGUCUGAGGAAAGAGGUGAAGGAAACGAUGGAAAAGGAGGUGGAGGAGAGUGUGCAGACUGCCAAAACGCUUCACUCUCUACUACAACAAAAGGAAGUGGUCACGCUGAACACCACCACCACCACCACCACCAUCACCACAGCCAGGGAGACCGAGACCGAGAUAGUCCCUCCUUCAAGAGACAGAGACGAGGUCCACGUUGAGAAUAACAAAGCAAUCUCUCACCACCAAAGAAGACCGACGCAGCCUCCACCUCUGCCUCCACGGUCUCCCAUUAUCCACAAGCUCUACCGCAACUCCACCAGCCCCUCCACAGCACCCACCGUCAACCACACAGUUAACAAGAUGGACACCGUAACCCCCGCCCAUGAGGCCUCACCGUCGCCGCAUAAGCCCAAGCGGUCCUCUCGUAGCGAACUGAGGAAGCAGAUAACUAGUCACGCUCACAUCCUCGACCCUGAAGGCGGCGAAAGGAAUGGCAGUGUCUCCGUUACGCCCCCAGCCAGACCCUGCAGACGCAAACACAAACCAGGGACGACCACGAGCAGCGUCACACAAAGCAAAGCUACCGUGAAACAAGAAACAACAGCCACGAAACUUAGUGAAACAGAGACCAUCAACGACAGGCUAGACGGCGACGCUGAAACACAAGAGUCAGCGAAACGAAACGGCAACAACAACAACAACGAGCCGGAGACGGAAAACGCAGCAGUGAGAGGAAACAAGAACAGUGAUUGCAGGCUGAGUUCCCGUGUGACUGAUGCAGAGGAAGCGGACCAGACCAGAAGCGAUAGUAGGUUAGACACGAUAGAAAAAAUACCCCAGGAUGACAGGCUGAAUGGAGGCAGUGCAGAGGCUGAGACGAAGCGGGGAAGUGAUAGUGGGUCAGGCGGGCCGGGCGGAGAGGAGGAGGAGGUGGUGGUAGCAGGGGCAGGGGAAGGGAGAGGCCGUGGCACCAUCAGCACCCGAGAGCAGCCUCGCGCGUGUGCCUCGCCUGCCGCCAAUACCAACAGCCCAGAUGACGCAGCAGCGGACGUGCGGGAGAAAGGAUCGGCGCAAGAGGAGUCAGGGAACGCAGCGAAGGGUCACACAGCGGGCAUUAAAGGAGAUAUUAGGCAACGCGAAUCCAAGGUUGUAGGAAAGAGUGAGCCGAUGCACAACGAGGCUCGAACAGAACCACUGGAGGCGGGGAAGGAGAAGCAUCAAUCUUCUGGAGACGACGACCCGCCUUCCCGCCCUGCGUCGCCACCCCCUGACACUGAUCACCCUGUGUUUGAGAGUGAAGGAAGACCCGGAGAGUCACCGCUCGGCCUCACCCUCAAAUGGGAUCACUACGGCAAACCUGACGCCAGAGAACCAAUCGAAGCACCUGGUGGGGAGGCCGAUACGAAGGUGACGUUCCCCCCGGCGGCGGUUGGCGAGGCGCAUAUUGCUCCCCCACGACGGAGAAGGAAAGUGUCAUCCUCACGCAGCCUACAGCAGGAGGACGCUGCCAUCGAGCCUGACACCGGCCAGACCCUGACGAGGCCCAUCCCCCCGGUGCGACGCAAGAGGCAGUUCCUUUCACUCCCUCGCCCCCCCAAGAGCAAACUGCGCCCUUGUGACGUGUCUCCGAGUCUCAGCACGUCUGCGCUCGCCCUUGCGUCCACCCCAGAACGUCGGGCUGCCACCCCUCCCCUCAGACCGACUUCCUACCCCUCGACUCCAGCAGCGGAAAGCCCAGUGCUCCCGUUCAUUCUCCAGAGACCGAAUUCCUCUCCUCCUGCGGCGCCUGCGACCUCUACCCCCACGACUUCUGCAGCAGGGAGUCCAGCGUUCCCGUCCACUCCCAUCAGACCGGCUUCCUCUUCUGCUGUGCCUGCAACCUCCACCCCAACAACUCCUGCGACAGAAAGUCCAGCGCCCCCGUCCACUCCUACCAGACCAGCUUCCUCUCCUGUGGUGCCUUCGUCUUCCACCCCUGCGACUCCUAUAGCGGAAAGUCCAGCAUCGACCCCUCUGAGCCCAGCAUCCACCCCCACGAGUUCUGGAGUGGAGAUUCCCAACCCUUCAAUUCACCGAAACGGAGUAACAUCUUCAAGGGCAAGCCGAGCCAAGCCGGCGGUCAAGAUGGAUUUCGAGUCUGAAGCUGCCCGAAGGAUGUCCACAGGCUCGACGCCGGAGGAGCGGAAAAGAAGGACUCUGAAAAAGGCCCUGCGGAGAACGGGGUCGCUGAAGGAGAUGUUAUACACGCAGCUGCAGCAUAGGUUGGAUAAGAAUUCCCGCGGAGAGGCAAGCGACGGCCUCAAGACGAAGUACUUCCCAAAGAUCUUCCACCGCAAACAGAAGCUCUACGACAUGAGCUGCCCUUCGGAACACGACUCGGAGAUCCCAAUGCCCGCGCCGCCCCAGCAACACCUAAAAUCUGAAAGUACAGAGACCUUCGCCACCUUGCUGUCCUCCUACUUCCCGCCUGACAUGGAGGAGCAAGCCAACGCAGACGGGGAGACGAAGAACAGAUACAUAACAUUCGAACACAGUCCUUUUGAUCCUCCCACCAAUGCCAGUAAAGGGAAGAAAACGUCCCUAUCUGAAAAUACGUCUCUCCCUCACGCUCCCCUCCCAGCCUCCGCGAGCGAUACAGAAACAACGGCGCAGCUGCAAGAAGGGAACACCAACGCGGGCUUCCUGCACGAUGAAAGCGACGCCAAAGUGAAGGAUUCUCCACUCGACGGUGACUCGGCCAACACACUGAGUUUCCAGGGCGCGAGUGACGCUGAGAAAUCCAUCUUGACUUCGGUUAUCGUGGAGGAGUCGCCAGAAGAAAAGGACAAAAAAUAUGAUGAAAGUUGCCGCCAGCCGCCACAAGAAGAACCAGAACCACAAAAGAACACCACCGAGGAUGCGAAAGAACCAACAGUGGACGGAAAGGACGCGGAAACAACAACGCUUGACGACAGACUGAACGGCGAGGCGACCGAGCCAGACGCGGACCACUCCAAGGACUGGCAGACGCAGCAACGACACCACGACCUUUACGCCUCAGGGGAGAAUGACGCCCCUGGCCCCUCCUCUCCUCCUCCUCCUCCUCCUCCCACAGACGAGGAGGGCCAUGCUGAGGGCCUCGAGGAGAGCCACGAGCAGGAGCCAGCGCGGCAAGCGGGGGCCGUGUGGGAGCCUCCACACGUGAGCCUCCGAACGUGGGCCGAGCGGCAGGGCAUCAAGAGCCUGACGCUGCCGCCGCUGCGCCUGAGGGCCACGCGGAGCCCCGGCCUGGAGGAGCUGGACUACUUCUGCGACAGUGAUAGUUCCGAAGAGAGAGAUACCCCUUCCCCCGGUCCCCCUGUGGAUUCCGAGAAGGAGGGGCGACAGGGGCUCCUCCACAAGGCGAAGAAGGAGGAAGACAGGACGCAGAAGGACAGGUGUGUGGAGGUGUAUCCGGAGACGGUGAGGCAGAGACAACGGAACAUGAUGGCCGCUAACAACAAGGUCGACAUCCAGAACUGGGAAGCAAGCAACAACAACAACAACGAGAGCCAGAGUAGUCCUGCCAAGUCCAAGAAGUUCCUGCCCUCCGUCAAGGCCCUAAGGAACCAGUUCGAGGCCGGCAAGACGCCCAACGGGAAGACCGAAGUCAACGGGAAUGUCACCCCCAACGGCACUAAUGGCCACGCGCCCAGCCGCAAAUCGUCGUCUUCUGCAACUAGCACGACGCAGGAGCCAGCCAGCACCUCCCCCAGCACUUACUCCCCCACCCUCAACACCCCCAGCGCCUCCGUGGAGAGCCUGGGAUCGCCCGCUGAAGAGGUUCCAGAGAGCAAUGAGCCCGUGGAGCCGAUCUUCAACCAGUUCCGGAAGGUGGAUCAGGAGCUGCGGGAAUUGAUGAGCAAGUCCCACUCCACCACAGGCUGGGACCCGAGACCUCUGCUGAAGCGCCUCUACUACAUCCCGGAGGCCCCCAAACUGCAGAGCCAGGGCACCACCUACGUCAACAUCGAGGGCUACCUGGAGAAGCUUCCGUCGGGUCGCAAGAAAGCCACCUUCUGGAACGCCUGGAAGAGACGUUACUUCAUGGCCAAGAACGGGAUCCUCUACUACUACCAGAAUGCACAGACAGACAAACCCAACAUGAAGAUGACGCUGAUGGGCGGGAAAGUGGAGUGCAUGGAGCCCAACAUGGUCGGUGUGGACGAUGGGAGCCGCGACACUAAAGCCCCCAACAUGCUCGGCAUUGAUGACGGGAAGGGUCACUACGUGGUGGUACGCUGCAGCACCCGGCAGGAGGCGGAGCGGUGGCGCCGAGCACUUGAGACACACACAGUGGAGGACUUUGCCAGUCAGUAUGUGCAGCCUUGGCCCAUCCCCACCAACCCAGCACUGCUCAGGGACACCCUCAUUGUGGACAUUGGUUCAGCAUCUGUCAGAGCUGGCGUCUUAGCCUCACAAGCCACCCUGCCGCAAGUAUUCAUACCAUCAGUGGUGGCCAGUGGACGGGAGGGCCGAGGGCAGGUGUGGGGAAUGGACGCUCUCGCUCCAGACGUGCGUGCCAACAGUUCCCUCACCUUCCCCAUCAGGCCAACGCACAAAAUAACAAAGUAUUCUGUGGACCUGAGUGCAGUCUCAAGUCUCCUGCAGAAGACGUUUGCAGACCUAAAGGUGGACCCCAAGAACUACCACCUCCAGCUGUCAGUGCCACGCGUCCUCAACACCAACACUCAGGCAGAGCUCCUGCGCGUGCUUUUUGAAAAGUUCGGCGUCAGGUCCGUCAACCUCACCCACCAGUCCAUCCUGGCCCUGUACGCCUACAACGCCACGUCAGGCAUUGUGGUGGACAUCGGCGAGAGGAUGGACAUUGUGCCUGUUAUCGAUGGCUACAUCGUGGACGGAGGCGUGUCUCGGGUACCCUAUGGAGGCUAUCGCAUCUUGGACCAUCUACGUCAGUUCCUGUACAUGAGGAACGUGUCUCUCAUCAAUGAGGUUGAAAGUUACAUCAUCAGACAGGUGCUGGAGAACAUCUGCUACAGCGCCCACCACUACAACACUGAGAAGGCUCGCUGCACCAAGAACUCAGACAACUUUGAGAAGAGUGUGUCCCUGGCUGAGUACUUCGGCACCAAAGACUGUCCCUACGAGUCAAUUACCCUGGACUUUGGCCGCUUCCAAGCCACUGAGGGUCUCUUCAACCCUGAUGCCUGGGGUCUGGACCAUCCCGGCCUCCACAAGCUAGUCCACAAGGCCAUCAUGGAGUGCAGCAUGGACAUCCGUAAAGAGAUGAGCCGCAGCAUUUUCCUGGCUGGAGGUGUGACGCAGCUUCCCGGUUUGAAUGAUCGCCUCACCACCGAGCUGGACAACCUCACCCCGCCGGCCAUUAGACCCAAGGUCCAUGCCUCACCGUACCGUUACCACGCCGCCUACAUUGGUGCGUGUGUCCUGGCCGAGUCCCCCGCCUUCACCCAGUCCAGGAUCACACAAGAAGAUUGGAACAAACAUGGCAAUGCAACGCUCCGCAAGUGGUCGCUCUGAGUCCUCGGCUUCCCACAUCACAACUGCACCGCAGAAUCCCGUGCUGUUCUUAUAUGCUGAAAAUAGGAACAGUAUGAUGAACUCUAUAGACAUGUGCCGCUCAGUAGUAUUUGCACUUGUAACCACAUGUAUUUUUCUAUAACAUUCAUUAAAUCAAAUAAAAGCUAUAGAAUAUAUAUGCCUUUUACUUGAAUGGAUGCUACAUAUAAAGCAUUCGUCACUGGAACUGUCACUGCUGUGGAAUGUAUCAAGCAAAGACAAAAACAAGAUAAGGAUUCUGAUAAGCAACUCCCUCUUCUCCCACAUCCCUAUCAGACAUUACUCAAUACUGUGCUCCAACAAGUGGCAACUGCUCUCACGUAGUACCAGAGGAACUUUCAUGUAAACUAUGCAGGUCACAGGUGUGGAGGCUGUGAGAGGUCCUGACAGAUGAAUGUUAGUCAAAACACUAAUGAUGAGAAGGCUGGGAGCUGCUGAACAGCAUCUGUACAAUGUUUUUGCCAGCGCAUGCUGACUGCACAGCACAGUAAUUAUUUCAUUGCCAAAAACUGCUGAUCAGUCACGGCCACUGAGGCGUGCACCGAGGCGUGCCGGUCCCUCACUGUCAGGGUCUGUCAACACAAGGAAUCACUGUUUCACUGACUCCCCAGAGGAGUGGCGCUCAGUGACAAGAACUUUUAUUUUCCACAAAGUGGAAUUAACUGUGCUAUGUGACAUAACUAUGCACUAAAUGUGUACUAUGGCACAUUAUGAUUAACAGUUUCAGUAUAUACAUAUUAUGUAUGAAUGUUUACUUAUGCAUCAUUACAUGAUCUGAGCUGCUUAUAAUUAGUUCCUCAGAAUAUAUUCAUUUUAAUGCUUUCAUUUGCACAAAUUAUUCUGUUGUAAACUGUACCGAUGAACGCUAGCGUGUUAGUGGUCACGAUUACUUCCACAGAGCACGUCACAGAACAAAGUCCCUCCAUCACCGUGGUGUAUAAUUUGUACAUAUGUAUCCAAAGAGGGUAUAUUGGUUAACUUAUUUAUGUAUAAAGUACAGUUGGACUUAUUUACUUACAAUAAAAAUUUGUAAAUUAA